ACGACAACCUAGUAUCUCUCGCUCUCUCUGUCUCUCUCUAUCUCUGUCUCUCCCUCUCUCUCUCUCUCUGUGACGCAGCAGUUUUUUAUAUAGCAGUUGAUGAUUGUAUAGGCUCUUGAAUAAUUUAAUCAGUGAAACCAGGCAUCUGGGCGUUUCAGGAAAAAGAAAAUUGUUGUGGUAGUUCUUGGAGGUAACGCCAAUGGCGACAAGGGGAUUCGUGCUCUAUCUCCUUUCUGGUUUCUCUGUGGCUAUUCUCUCUGUCCUGUUUAUCAGCGACUUUAGCGGUUAUAAUCCAGACUAUUCUCCGAACUCCGCGCUGCUCCACUCCUCCUCGUAUGGAUCCAGCACCGAUGCUGUUUGGCCCGAAUUAGAGUGUAAUUGGAGACUUGUUGUGGUGACUCUGAUUGGAUUUCUGGGAUCCGCUUGUGGAACUGUGGGCGGUGUGGGAGGGGGAGGCAUUUUUGUUCCCAUGCUUACUUUGAUUGUUGGAUUUGAUACCAAGUCUGCUGCUGCGCUUUCUAAAUGUAUGAUAAUGGGGGCAUCGGUAUCAUCAGUUUGGUACAAUAUAAGAGUUCCACAUCCAACAAAGGAAGUGCCAAUCCUAGACUACGAUCUUGCCCUUCUCUUCCAGCCUAUGCUUAUGCUUGGGAUCACCAUCGGCGUGGCGCUUAGUGUUGUCUUCCCAUACUGGCUUAUCACUGUUCUCAUCAUCAUCCUCUUCAUGGGGACCUCGUCAAGGUCCUUUUUCAAGGGACUCGAGAUGUGGAAGGAAGAGACUAUUUUGAAGAAAGAAAUGGUCAAUCGACAAGAAACAGUGGUUAACUCUCGUGGCGAACUUCUGAUUGAUACACAGUAUGAACCGUUAAUACCUAGAGAAGAGAAAUCUCCAAUGCAAUUAUUAUGUUUCAACCUUAGGUGGAAAAUGAUUUCUGUUCUACUACUUUUAUGGGUUGCCUUCCUCGCCUUGCAGAUCAUCAAGAAUGAUGUAGAGGUUUGCAGUGCAUGGUAUUGGGUGCUGUUCUGCCUGCAGUUUCCCAUUGCACUUGGGGUGUUUGGAUAUGAAUCAGUGAAGCUAUACAAAGAACAGAAGAAGAGGAUGAGCACCGGCAACACAGAAUGCAUUUGCGAGGCUUCCAUCGAAUGGACUGCUGUCCACAUUGCCUUCUGUUCACUCUGUGGUAUCCUAGGAGGCACUGUCGGGGGCCUUCUUGGUUCCGGCGGUGGAUUCAUUCUAGGCCCCCUUCUCCUAGAGAUUGGAGUCAUCCCCCAGGUUGCGAGUGCGACAGCAACAUUUGUGAUGAUGUUCUCGUCGUCCUUAUCCGUAGUGGAAUUCUACCUGCUCAAGAGGUUCCCUAUUCCCUACGCUGUAUACCUGACGUUGGUGUCUGUUUGUGCUGGCUUCUGGGGGCAGUUCCUUAUAAGAAAAAUGAUCACAAUUCUUAAGAGGGCAUCUCUUAUUGUAUUCAUUCUCUCUGGUGUCAUCUUUGCUAGCGCUAUCACAAUGGGGGUCGUUGGUAUUGAGACUAGCCUGGAAAUGAUACGCAACCAUGAGUUCAUGGGAUUUUUAGGGUUCUGUAGCAGUCAGUGAUAUCUAGCAACGAUUGGAGAAGGUAACCAAAAUAGAAGUUCUAUGAAGAAAAUGGCAAGGAAAAUGGGUUGAAGACCAUUGGGGGAGUCAUGGCCAAUACCUAGUUGACCAACAUUUCCUCCCUAAUAAAUAAAUAUAUAUUAAAAUUUCUCAUGGAACAAUAAAUGGCAGCUUUGUAUCAUUGUGUGGAUUAGGCAGCUGGUUGCUUUGAGUGUUAGCUACUGGCUGACACCUCUAUCAUGCUUCUAUUUUUCAAAUAAAUGCAUUUGAUUCUUUAAUUGGCA